UAGUGCGGAUCGAACGGGAUCAAAGGGAUCAAUCGGACGAGACUGCGUGUUCCAGCCCGUGGAACGUUUGGUCACGCGAUAAGGUCAGGCAUCGCGUGUGCCGCGAGACAAGAUAGAGCGAUAAGCUCCGAAACGGAAAGAGAGUGGAAAGGAGCCUCGUCUGGCGCCUUGUGUUCCUCGCUAAAGUGACACGUCGCCUUGGCCAAUAAAACGACAGACGGUCUAAACUGAACGGAAUCGGCAGCUGCUCUCCCGGUGUGCGCCUCGUUCGUUGGCCCCGUCGCUUUAAUUUCAGACCGAGUCGGUCGAGUUCCCAGUGAAAAAGUGAUCUUCUUGGCAUCUUCGUUCCUCGUCUCUCUUCUCUUCCCGAAUGUGCAUCCACGGUGAAAAGGAGAUCGAUCCGCGUACGAUGACUCGCUGGAACUGAUCGUCACGCCGGGGUGAAGAAAACAGAGGAUUCGUCAGGAUGAUGAUGGCACCGCAGGUCGUGGGUGUGCUGCUGAAGAAACCGGGACAACAAAGCCACCCACGCUUCCCACCGUUGGACCCACAGGAGACCAAAAUAAGAGGCGAGCUGUACGUGGAGGACCUAGGAGAGAGGCGGAUCGUUUCCAUCAGAAUGGGCUGGCUUUGGGUCGAGGGUACUCCGAUGAGGCUCCCAUUGAGGGCGUUGAACCUACGCCAGGCAGCACCCAGCCUAUGCCAACCGCACGCAUUGGCUCUUGGGUUCACGUUGAGCAACUCGCAGGAUCACACUCUCGCUACGUUUUGGGCGGAUUCAGAGCCUGUCUACUGGUCGUGGGUCAGAGCAAUCGCUGCCGAGCUGGUCAGGCAAACGCCAUUUCGGGCUCAACGAUGCUUGAACUUCCUAGAGAUUCUGACCAUCUGCCCGAGAGGACCUGUCCCUCUACCCGACAGCCCUACAGAAUCCAGAAGACGUUCGAGAAGCGAACUACGCUGCUGGCCCAGUGAUUCACCUACGGAAAAGGACUCCAGGACUACCACGACGAUACUGGAGGAGUCGAGGCGAAGAGCGAGGAGCGAGCUGAGGGGUUGGUCCAGCAGCAACUCGAGCGACGAGGACCUUUUGGGUGACUUUCGAAGUAUACCCGCGAUAAUAACGAAGGAUCAGCCGAUUACCAGGACUUGGGGCUGCAGCGAAAGUAGCGAAGGCAGCGACGACAGUCUUCCUUGGAGUGGCGUGUGUCGUUCCAGCGUGGAUUCCGUCGACUCCACGGUGUCUCUUCCCGAGCCGGAGACCAGAGAGCAGAGAAUUCAGAGGUACAAGGAGGCGAGAAGACGGGAGAACGAAGCUAGGAGUAGAAGGGUGCUGGAGGAGGACGCCAGGAGACGGAAGGCUAGAGCGGAGGAGAACAACAAUGAUAUCCUGAAGACUUACGGGUCGAGUAGAUCGAGGAGUAGGCUCUAUUCCGGGAACGACAACGACAAUUACUGUCUAACUUCGACGAAGAAAGACCACGACAGCGGUUACGAAACGUCUAGGCUGAGGAACGAGAAGAAUAUCAUUAGCAGACUACCCCCGGUGAAACCUAACGAAUCCUCCUUGGUUAGAUUCGAGGAGGACAACCGGAACGAGGACGAUAAAAGGAACAACAAUAGUCCGCGAAACGGUAACACGAGUCCUGGAAUACUCAGAGCGGACAUGAACGAGAGAAGAAGUCGAGCCAGGGAGAGGAGGAGCGUCAGAGAGAAGAGCCAGCUGCUACAAACGCAACAGUUCACGAAUAUCAUGGUAGAGACACUCCAGGAACGCAAGGAACGGCUGAUCCAAUUAUCCAGAAUCCCGGUACCUCGGCAACUAUCGCAGAACUUGAAACCUGCAGAGAACUGCAAUUCGACGGCUCUGCCUAGGUCGUCGACCUCUCUGUCGGUCCUCACCGAACCACCUUGCGAGGAAGACGUGGCCAGACUUCUGGAACGGUGUCAGAGGGUGGAUCACUACGUGCCAGUGCGAGAGAAGCUGACAUUGUUCGAAUCUCUAUCAAGGCUAGGUGGUCGUCUGGCCAGAAGUACCGAAGACCUCGGUCGAACGUCUGCGAAACCGAGUCCCAGAGGGAAGCAACGUGCCAGAUCUCUUCACGAUCUCAACAGAGGAGCCAGGGCUGUCCCUGUCAGGGAGAUGUGUCGAUUCUUCGAGGGAGACGUAGAGCAGGAUCCGAACCAGAAAUCCUCCCUUACCAAAACAAGGUUCAGCGACCCGGUGACGCCUACCAGGAGCACGUGGAAGGAUUCCGCGAAUCCCAAGGGCAACGAGGCGCCGUGCGUCAGGUCGUCGACGAGGAAGAAACAUUACAUGAAGUAAUUCAUCGACGAUCCCAGUCCAGGUCU